GUGUUGCUCGGCACUGUUGCUGAUCACAACCUGCAUCGAGGGAGAGAGGGUUGUUUAUUGCGUGUAUAAGGCCGAAAGGCGUUGUUAUUCUACUCACGGGGUUUUAAUAUAGCUAAUAUUAUAAUCCAGGAAAUUCUUUAAAAAUGGCCGGGAUAAUUAUGUGUGAACCGACCGAACUGUACAACAUUUUACAGCAACAGACAACAUAUCCGAACCUCAGCGAUCCAAACUACCUGUUAUUGAUCGAUUCAAGGAAAGUAAACGAGUACAAUGAAAGUCAUGUUAUAACAUCAAAAAAUGCACCAACAACAAAGGAUGGUGAAUUCCUCGUACCAUAUGAUGCAGAGUUAGAGUGUAAAACCCAUGUGGUAGUAAUUGAUAAUAACACUAGAAGUUUGAGAGAAGAUGGACUUGCCUUAGAUUGUGGACACAUCAUGUCUGAAAUGGGCAGUAAAAAUCCAGUCAAGGUCCUUCGAGGAGGAUAUGAAGAUUUCUCAGCACUCUAUCCAUUCCUCAGAACUCAGAAAAUCAUUUAUAUGCCGCAAGAACUAGAUGCACUGAAAACAUACCCCAUUGAAGUACUUCCGGGUCAAGUGUACCUUGGCAAUCUAGAACAGUCAUGCAGUGCUGUUGUACAGAAAGACUUAAAGAUCAAAGCAAGGAUUAACGUUACAUUACAAAAUGACCAAUUUUUUUCACCAGAAGACACUGACAAUUUAUUGCACAUACCAGUCCCUGAUGACGAUGAAUCAGACCUUUUUUCAAAAUUUGAAGCGGCUUGUCAGUUCAUUGGUAAGAAAUGUGCUCGAAUUUACAAAACAUCCCUGUUGUUUCACAUGAUUAAUAUUUCAAGGAGAUAAUGCCCCAUGUUUU